AUGGACCCGCGGUGGGCCAAGAGGAAGGCUGAGCAGCCGGCGGCGGCGGCGGCGGCCUGGAAGAAGCUGCCGCGUCGGGCGCCCUCGCUGCGCGCAGAGCCCGCUCUCUACGCCGGAGCCUUUCCUUUCUACCGGCGCCCUUCCGAGCUGGGCUGCUUCUCGCUGGACGCGCAGCGCCAGUACCACGGCGACGCCCGAGCCCUCCGCUACUACAGCCCGCCCCCCGCCAGCGGCCCGGGCCCGGCCUUCGACCUGAGGGAUGGGUACCCCGAGCGGUACCAGCCCCGGGACGAGGAAGCCAAGGAGAGGCUGGACCACUUGCUGCGCUGGGUUCUGGAACACCGCGGCCAGCUGGAGGGGGGUCCGGGCUGGCUGGCGACGGCCACGGUGACGUGGAGGGGACACCUGACGAAACUGCUGACCACGCCGUACGAGCGGCAGGAGGGCUGGCAGCUGGCAGCCUCCCGCUUCCAAGGGACGCUGUACCUGAGUGAGGUGGAGACCCCGGCGGCGCGGGCGCAGAGGCUCGCCAGGCCGCCCCUCCUCCGGGAGCUCACGUACAUGGGCUACAAGUUUGAGCAGUACAUGUGUGCAGACAAGCCCGGAGGCGCCCCAGACCCCUCUGGGGAGGUUAACACCAACGUGGCCUUCUGCUCGGUGCUACGCAGCCGCCUGGGGAGGCACCCGCUGCUAUUCUCCGGGGAGGUGGACUGCCUCAACCCCCAGGCCCCGUCCACACAGCCCCCCGCCUGCUAUGUGGAGCUCAAGACCUCCAAGGAGAUGCACACCCCUGGCCAGUGGAGGAGCUUCUACAGGCACAAGCUUCUGAAAUGGUGGGCUCAGUCGUUCCUCCCAGGGGUCCCGCAUGUUGUCGCCGGCUUCCGGAACCCGGAAGGUUUCGUGUGUUCCUUAAAGACCUUUCCUACCAUGGAGAUGUUUGAAAACGUCAGGAAUGACCCGGAUGGCUGGAAUCCCUCUGUGUGCAUGAACUUCUGUGCCGCCUUCCUUAGUUUUGCCCAGAGCACAGUUGUCCAGGACGACCCCAGGCUCGUCCACCUCUUCUCCUGGGAACCUGGUGGCCCGGUCACUGUGUCUGCCCACUGGGGUGCACCCUAUGCCUUCCUGCCCUCAUGGUAUGUGGAAGCCAUGACCCAAGACCUCCCGUCACUCUCAGAGACUCCCUCCCGCAAGGAGUGAUGCUUCCGAGGACACAGCAGUCUGGUCUCUCUGCAGAUAAUAAAGCCGUGUUUCUAA